AGAUGGCGGGGUUCGAGAUGUUAGGAAGGAAACACAAGGAAUCUUCUUCGGUAAUUUUCAUUUCUUGCCUGGAAGUUUUAAUCAUUUUGUUUAAAUAACACUAUUGAAAUCUUUUCUUUAGUCUGGAGUGCUUUUGACAGUCAUACGUACAUUAUUAAGUAGGUAAGUGAUUGAGUAUAUUUCGUCAAUUUUCACGCCCUUCACGAAACCAGCUGAUUUUCCUCUCGAUUUAAACCUUACUUUUGUUUGGGUUGUGUCCGGUACACCAGCACACAAUUAAAAAGAUUAAAGACAAAACGAAAGAUUAUACAGAUUCGAUAAUUUAAACCCUAAAAAGCUAUAGUGGAUUCAACUCUCUCGUGUGACAGUAGACCAGGGUAAUUAACUUUUAAAGGUAAGGGGAAUUUCGCUUGUUAAAGUAUAUGAAAGGAGUAGGGAAAUCUACCCAAAAGGGCUACCAGAUGCAUUUUAUGGCUGUGAAAAAGUCAAGAAAACGUUCUGUUUUUGUGAUUUAUUCAUAUUUUAAAGACAAGGCUUUUCUGAUUUGCAUCAGUUGAAAGGGGUGCAAACUUCUUAACUAGGUAUGUGAAAGGGGUACCAUUUGUCAUUAGAAGGUACACUAUACGAAAGUGUUACCUUUACUGUCAAAAAUGGUAUAUAAAAGGGUAAGGGAUCAGUCCUCAGGGCAGAGCCUCCCCAUUUCAAACUUUUUGGAGCACCUAACCUGUGACCAGCACAAGACCCUAAUUAAGGCUUAAAACUGCUAAAUAGAGGGUUCAAGGACUCCUAGGGAUGUUGCAUACUGCUUUAACUCCCUGAGUCCUAGUAACAUGCAGUCACCUAACAAUUAGUUUAGAAUAUUGUUAAUUUGUUUUCAGUGACAAUGUGGAAAGAAGAGAAAUUGAAAAAGAAAGUUUACAACUUAAACUAAGAGAAAGUGAUGACAAACUUAACAGAGAAGUGGAAGGUAAUAAUAGUCAAAACUUAAUGAUUUUGUGGCUGAAGAUUGCUUAGUAAUUAAAGAAAUUAAAACUCAACAGAACGCAAUGUCCCACAACAUUUCUGGUUCAUCUAACUAAAUCAGUAAACUGGUCAGACAUACAUUUUUUCUUAAAACAAAAAUUAUUUACUGACAUGUAUAUGUAUUCAAAAUACUUUUCAAAUUAAGUGAAGAUAUAUGGUUUACAAACAGUGAAAAAUUGUGUGAUGUCCAGUGUCUUGUAGCCUGCUGGACUAUUCCUGCAUUUAAAACAUAAUCAAAAUGCAAUUAUGUCAAGCUGAAAUUCUUCAAAAAAAAUAUUGGAGUAUUUUACCAAGCUUUGAAAAUUGAAAAAAAGUGCUCAGUGUUCUUACCAGGAUUUAACCCACAGGGGAGCUGAAAGGGGGUUGUGAGGGAGUAAAGCAGGUCACAAUUUUUAGAUACAGUUAACAGAAAAAAGAUGGAAAAUGUGGGAAAAGGAUCUGGGUUAAAAAGACGAGGACAUGGACAAAAAAUGGGCACCUGGACUGUUAAUGAGGAAAAAGAUUGGAAUUAUGGCAAAUGGAUGGAAGCUGAGAAGAACAGAUGGGGAAUGGGAGUGCUGACAAAGGAUUGAUAGGAAAUGGUGAAAAGUUCAUCAGUUUGAAGCUGAAAUAAGGGUGUAUCUUUCAAACAAACAGGCUGCAGUCAAGGAAAAGUGAUAUUUGUAUAUAAUUUGCUGAGUAGUAAAAAACCUGAAAGAGGAGGGAUGGGGAGAGUGCAGUCUUGUACGUUGUAUGAUAAUACGUUUUUUCAGUUUUGCAAUUACAGAUGACAGAAUGACUUUAAUAAUAUUUCUUUCAGCUCAUCAAGAUAACUUGAAGUCAAGCAUUCAAACAUUUACUGGAAUCUCUACGAGAAUUGCAGGUUUUGUUUUAUUUAUUUUCAAGAAGUAUUGUUUAAAUGAAUGCAGUCAGCAUGUUUCCUGUAUCAGCAAUAGUGGAAUCCAUGAAAUUGUUGGUACACUGACCAACAUUUUUUUCUUCUAGCAAAGUCUAUACAUCGUCAGGAGAAAAGGUCAUAAGAAUGAAUUAAAUGACCAUCAGAGGGAAAAUGCUUUAAUCUUUAUAUAAUCCUCUUACAGGGUGGACACUCAAACCAGGAGACUGGUUGAUUGUUGUUUGGUAUCUCAUGAUCUCCAUCUUUUAGAAGUGGAAUGACUUCAGAUAUUUUCCACACUGCAGGAAAAACUGACGACAAUAAGGAUCGAUUCACAAUGUCCGUCAGCACAGGCAGAAUGCAAGGGAGCGCAUCUUUAAUCACAGACAUGGUGACUUUAUCAAACCCCGGGGCUUUGUUAGAUGAAAAUGACAUUACGGCUCUACGAAUCUCGUGACUUGAAACAGCGCGAAAAUUAAACUUCUCCUCAUCCGGAAUAUAUUGUCCACUAGUGAAAUCGUUUGGCGGAGACAGUUCAUGAGUAGCAAUCAAGGCUUUAGAUGCCUCUGAUGCUUUAGCGCAAACAGAUACAAAAAACUCGUUAAACUCCUCUGCGACCGCCUUAACUUCCCUCGUGUACACUUGCUGCGUAGCUUCCUUUCUCGGCAGACAAUUCCUUAUCAAUUUCCACUGAGAACUAGUAUUCUGACAUCCUUCCAUCUCUUUAUUUAUGUAUUCUUGUUCCGCCUUCCAUAGCCUGAUCUUAACCACUUGCCUGGAGUCACGGUACAGUUCCCAGUCCACAGGAAGCCCGGUGCAACGAGCACGCUUCAAUAAUCUAUCUCUAUCUCGCAUCAGCUCUUUGAUUUCCUCAUUGACAAAUGGACAGUGGCGGUGCUUGACUUUCACUGAGUUAACAGGCACAUGGCCAUCUAGGACCUCAAGAAAUCGCUUGUUAAAUCGAUCAACCAUAUCACUCGCGUCAUCAACAAGGACAACUUCAUUCCGUGGCACACGCUCGAGAUCAGAGACAAAACACUGGCUGUCAUAGUUCUUGUAAGAUCUGACUUUCACAUAGCUAGGAGGGGGUUUUGAGAUUUUCAGCUUUAAAAAGGCAUACACCAGAUAAUGGUCACUGAUGUGAGAUUUCAGUACAUCACUCCUCUCCACAAGGUCGGGACUGGAGGUCAUAAUCACAUCGAUAAGGGUGGACGAAGUUUCAGUCACGCGAAUCGGCUCCUUGAUCAACUGCGUCAGACUCACGCUGUCGCACAGGUCUUGUAAAGCUACAGCUUCCGGGGAACGCGGUUUCAACAUAUCACAGUUCAGGUCAGCAGCGACGAUGAUGUUUUUCCCGAAUGUAAGCGCUUGAGAAUACUUGUCCAUAAAGUCAUCAACAAAACAGGACACCGGACAAUAAUCGGGUCGAUACGCUACACAGAGCACGAUGGAUCUUAGCUUCUUUAGCUGAAUUUGUGCCCACAACUGCUGGAAUCCCGUUUCAGAAGUGACACUCAUUUCCUUAAGACGUUUUACUUUAAGUGACGAUCUGGUGUAGAUGCACACACCACCCCCAACUGACUUUGUUCUAUCCAACCUAGAGCUAGUUCCCGAGAGAUCCAUUUUCAGGAAGUUUUCAACAGUUGCAUAGUUCAACCUUGAAUUUUAUUGGUCCAUUUGCAAAAAAACUUGAGUAUCUUUUGUUUUCAGAAAACACUCUGAUUGGACAAUUAUCUUCACGCCUUCCAACUGUCCUAGUUGGAGUAUCCGCCCUGUAAUUGACUUUGGAAGGAAUAUUAUGGUGACUGGUGUGGAGAAUAUGUAUGUGGAUAUUUGGGCUUCAAUUAGAUGAGGAUAUACAAUAAAAUGUGAUGUUUAGACUUUUGUUACUGCACUUUUCAAAAACAUGCAAAUUCUAAAGUUCAAAAGCCAACCGAUGUAUGCGUUUUAUGCUGCCGUCAAUCAUCUAAGCAGACCUCUUAGGAAACAGAAGUUUACUUCAGCAGGUUCAAAAUUUCAUUGUUUGCGAUUUGUGAUUGGUGGAUUUCAAUCCGUUUUGUAUGUUUCUGUGUUUCAAGUUUGUUCCUUGUGACUGAAAUUAUGAUUGACAACAGGGAAAAACGCAUUUGUGAAGUUGGCUUUUGAACUUAAGAGUUUGCAUGUUUUUGAAAAGCACAGUAAUUGUUAUUGUUGUUGUUGAUAGCAUCUCUUGACAAAGUGAAAAACUUAAGAGAACAUCUUCAAGCAUGCAAAUCCUUACUACACUGCAAGAGAGAAGAACUGAAAAAAUACUGGAUGGAUGGACUGGAGUAUAAUGAAGUGCUUAAUCUCCUGGAUAGAAUGUAAGGAAUACCAUAUUCCACUAUGGUUCAUGGUUUCAUGUUCAGCUUUAUCAGGCUACAUGUAUGAAAAAGUUAACAGCGUAUGACAGUGGCAUCUAGGUUAUGGCUUUCACAAAUUAACUGAAGUAGGAAGGGAAAUGGGAAAUUAGGGGUGCUUACCACGAUUUACACAGGCCACCCAACUGGAAAUCUUGUUCACAACUGUAAUAGAACUACAAAAUUCAGCAUGGUGGGAGAACAACCUGCUAUAAAGUGUAUUCAAACCAGAGAAGAAAAAUUGCAUCACCUCAAAUCACAGCCCAUAUUUUCUGAAGUUUCCCAAAUUGAAUGGCGUAAACCAUUUGAUUUUCCUUCUGGAAUUUCUUGUUUUCCCAUGUACAUGGUACAAAGUACCCAAGGGUAAUGUAGCUGGGAAUUUGAAAUUUCGUUGUGUCAAGAAAUUAUUUGUUUCUAUGUACUGAAGUAGCUGAGGAAUUCACAUUUCUUAUAACCAGGCAAAAUCCCUAACCAUGAGAUCCAUCACAGAAAAAGUUUAAACUUCCUUCUCCACUUUGACGCAAUUUGGAGAAUCAGAGGAUCUGUAUUCUUUUCUGUGUCAAGAAAUUAUUUGUUUCUACGUACUGAAGUAGCUGAGGAACUCACAUUUCUUAUAACCAGGCAAAAUCCCUAACCAUGAGAUCCAUCACAGAAAAAGUUUAAACUUCCUUCUCCACUUUGACCCAAUUUGGAGAAUCAGAGGAUCUGUAUUCUUUUCUGUCAAACUUGUUGUGGUUUUGCAAUGUUGUGGCUCAUUCCUGUUGUAGAAAAUUAUCCCCCUUUAAUAUGUUCACAAAUAUUGUUUAGUAUUCCACUAUGGGCUAUUAAUUUUUAGUUUUGCUUACUUUUUAUAUGUUCUUAGAGACCAGGUGAAGAAUGUGCCAGAACAGAUUGAGAAGUACAAGAAAAAGAAAUAUUACCUCCAUGCUACAGAGCUUCUUGUCUCCACAGGUGAACAAUGACUUAAGGCUAGCAAUUAGAACUCAGUUAUUAAAUUUCAAAUUAAAUUACUAAGAUUUAUUUAAUAAUUUGAUUUAGUCAUGGAAUGAAAUUAUAUAUUAAUUAGUAUUUUGUUAUUUUUCCAAGUUCACAGGAUGUAACUGUAGUAUUUCCAUUUGUGAAGUUCCUUUAGAAGAAACAAUUUUUAAUUUUUUUCUUUUCGUAGAAAGUGAAACUGAUUGAAAAAAAAAUUAAUCAACAAAUCAAUUACUUAGCCUUUAAAAUAUGAUCACUUUGAGAUUUUAAAAUGAUUUGACGUGAGCCCACAUUAAAUACCAAAUAAUGAUAAUUAUAAUUUUAAAUACAUGAUCAAAUAAAACAAUAACUAUAUUGUGGUAUAUCACAUGUACUUGUUAUUAAAAGUGUGAGUUUUAUUUUCUUGCAGUGUCACUACUUGAAGGCAGCUUAUCUGGAGUUGAAGCUUUGCGGCAUCUGAGACUUGAUUUGCAGGCAAGAAAGAAGGUAGUAUGUCAGUUUGGUUCUAAACUAAUGGUAGUUUGUGGCUUAAAGGGAUAUCGAUCGCUGUUUUGGGUCAAUUUUGUGCUUAAGUCAUUAGUACUUGGUGCCUAAAACUGUACAAAAAAUGCUCCCUUAGGAACAUGAAGCAAAUUUCAUCAUGGAGUAUUAAUCAUAAUUAAUUGUUUGGUGAUGUUGCAUGCAUAGCAUUAAACUUGAAAAGUUGGCCCAACUUUUUCAAGUUUCAAUCCAUUUCCAUCCUUAGCUUACCAUCUAUUGCAACAGACAACACCUUUAAGAGUGUGUGUAUUAAGUGCCACACUAGUCGGCCAUUGAACAGCUUGCUUGAUUGUAUAUGUGUUGUUGAUUUUUUUAUCGAUGUCCUCCCUAAGUCGUUUCUAAAGUUAAUUGUCAUUCUCUGUUAGUUUUAUUACUAAUUUUCUUCUUUUUUGUUUUCUGGAACUCGUAGUGGGGCUUGCUCUGUGAGCAAUCCAGGCCUCUUGGCAAAGUUGAUAAAUAAAGUUCUAAGUAAAUAAACAACAGGAAUUUACUUAGAGUAGCAAUGCCUAAAAAUAGUCUUAAAUAACAAACUGACCUCUUAUUUUUGGAAUUCAAUUGAUGAGAAGACAAGAUUUAGCUUUUUAAAAAGACAGCAAAUACCGUGACAUAGCCAGCUCUUUAAGCCAUUCUCAGCCAUUUUUUGACAGUCAUUUGUCUUUCCCCAAAACAAAAACUGUGUGUAUAGAAAUAAAAAAAGUAGUAAAAUUAAUUUCUAACAUGGUGAAAAUGCAACAAAUGAAUGAACAGCAUGCUUGCUUUUGUUGGAGUUCCUGUAUGUCACAGCCAUGUCUUGAUGCAUGAUUGCCAUUGGUCCCCCUUCUCCCUCCCCCAAAGUAAUAGAAUGGUAAAAUUAAUGUUGAGCUUUCUCAAUAAAAUGUGCUUAAAGUAAUAAUUAUUCUGAGUAAAUCUUAUUUAGCUCAAGCUAUGAGCAUGAGACAAAGACGGCAAUUGAAUGACUUGUGCUUUUUAGGUGGAGCAUGAAUUACUGAUAAAGAAUUUGAAUACUCAUCUCUACCUGAAGUCGGAGAAGAGCAGGCAAAAAAGAACCAAACUUGCAGCUUAUAUGGCUGAUGAUAGUUUGUUGAAAGGUUUGCAUAUUUGACCAUGACACUUUUCAUGCUUUACUUUGUUAAAUGCUGGGUCCCAAAUAAAAUUAUGCUGAAUCUCUAAAAACAGCAAUAUUAUCAAUUGAAUAUACAUGUAUUUUAAUGUUAUAGUAUAACAAACUUCAAAAUUCAGGGCAAAUUACGUGGCCUGUGGGUUCAGAACAGCAAUUAAUAUAAUUAAAUUCUUUCUCUAUGAACACCAGGCCAGAACAAUCCUCUAUUUUUUAACAAACAGUGGGUCCCAAUUCUCUUUAUCCAAUGGCCGCUUUUUGAAUCUGCCUUGUCCUACUUCUAUUAUUAGUUCUGCUCCAAAUAAUUACUUUACACAUAGGUCAUUUUGUUUCCUUUUGUAAUACAUUUUAAGCGCCUUUUGAGAACUUCUUAGUCUUUACUGUUCAUGACAGAUGUAUUUUUAUUUUGUCAGUGUCAUCCUCCAGUGUUUCUGGAGUCUUCAAGAAAUCACACUCACGAACUGCUUCAAGUAAGACAACACAUUUGCUAUUCUUACGUCCCCUUAAUUAAAAACUUACUUCAGACAAAAGUAAAACUUGUUAUUAGAUGGUACAACUACUAAUUUGUUUAGAAUACUAAUGCUGCAACUUACGCUUUAAUUUAUGUUGAAAAAUUCCUAUAUACCCCAUAACUGUUUUUGUUCUCUGGUCAGUGCUUUUGAGGGAGGGGGUAAACCAUAUAAUGGCCUAUACAGGGAGACAGUGUGUUUAUAGCAGGUAAAGGGAUGCAAAGGUCUAAGGUACAGGGUACAUGUGGGUAUGUGAAAGGAGUACCAUUUGUCAAUAGAAGGUAUUUGAAAGGGGUACAAAAACAGUAUAUUAAAGGUUAAGGGGUUGGGCUGUGGGGCGGAGCCUCCCAACAUAAAACUUUUUGGAGUACUUCCUCGGGGGUCAGUGACGCUUUAAGUUGCCAUCCCAGAAGUAUGUUGAAUGUCAUGAUUAUUAUAUCAGUAGAGUUGAUUGAGAAGAGUGACACCUUUUGAUAUACAUUUUGUUCAUGCUAAAAGGUUUGAGGAAAGUAAGGUAUAUUUCCCUGGAUAUUCAAGAAAGCUAUAGAAACUCAGGGGCACCCAACGGCAAUUUUCGGGAAAAUAUCUGUUCGGAAGACGAUUUGAGAUCUAGAAUUUUCGGAGCAUUUGUUUUAAAAUUUCUUGCUUGCCUGCCUCUCCUAGGAUUUUCGAACAUCUACAAAAUGGUAUAAUUACCCAUUUUUAACGGAUUUUUACCGUAAAAAAGGCCACCUAGAAUUUUCGGGAGCCUUUUCCUGGCUGAAAUUUUCGAGAACGUAAGUUUUUCUCCCUAUAAUUUUCGGAUCACUAGUCUUUCAGCUAGGAAAUCCGAACAGAUGGAAAGUUUUUAGGGGAUAAAAAUAUGCCUAUAUCUACCGUUUGAAUAUUAAACUACAUUCAACAAUGCUAUGUUAAGUGGUUUUGAACUAUAUCCUCAUUGGGUGCCCCUGAAAACUGUCCUUAACAAAGUUUUACCUCAUAAAAUGACUGGCUUUGCAAGCUGUCAACUGAAGAUGAAGUAGGAAUCUGUGUUCUGAGGGUGGGCUGGUGGGUGGGUACAUGAUGUGUUUGUCUGUCUAAGAUUGUCCUCAUUGCUUCUUCAGGACCAAAUUAUCUUUUAUCCAUGUAAAUGUGUCUUUUCGUGGCCAACUUGUUCUCUUUUCUCUUUUGACCAUGCCCAAGGUCAACACAACUGGAUAUUGAGGACAAAAUACUUUUUUUUAAUAUCCUGCCAUGUAGACCUUGCACAUGGUCAAAACUGGAUAUGUAAAAGUUACAUUCUUUUUUUAGGAACUCUGUUGAUGGAACCAAUGUCGUCAGUCACCUCAGUAAAUUCUUCAACUGAGGUAUGGUAUUAUUUUAAUUAAAAUAUCUAGAUCAGGCAGCAUUCAUUUUAAUAAUUUUUUAGUAAGGUCAAGGCAGGUUAAUUUGUAAUUUGGAAGAAGGAGAAUUCUAACCCCAGAAAGCUCAGAAAAAUUCCUAGUUCCAAGUGAGAAUUGAACUCACGACCCUCCUUGUUUGGAAGCUCUAAACACUGAGCUGCUGGAGGCUCUUUGGAGAGCAGGGUCGAAAUUAUAUAUAACUACACCGGUUUUAGGGGACUGUAUCGGGGACUUGCUCAAAAUCGGCCAUCCACCAGCUUACAAGUUCAAGACUGUUCAAUAUAAUUUGAAAGAAGGAGAAUUCUAACACAAGAAUGCUUGGAAAACAUUUCGAGCUCCAGGUGAGAAUUGAACUCAAUGUUGACAAAACUGAAUGAAUAUCCCAUACUCAGGUGUCCAGCCUCAGAUAUAAAGCCUGAAAAAACGACAAAAUGUGUCCAGGUGAAAUUACAGUGUGGUGUUUUUAUUUGACCUGUUUAUUUUUGUUUUAUUCAAGGUCACUGAGGACCUGAAUGCUGACCCUGAGGCAGACAGUGAUCACUUCAUGAUUGUGAUCAUGGAAUCACUGUCACUUCUUGGAAAAAUUCCAGAGGCAAUUGAGGUACUUCAACUAUUUUUUUGUCUUUAUUGUUAAUGAUUCAAAUAUCUGUUGUAGGUUAAAUUGUUUCUUAGGUCUAUCUGUCCUCUUAAAACGCAUCAGAAAGAUCACCUUUGACGCAUGUAACUGCUCUUUAUGUAACUGUUAGACUAUCAUUUAUAUUGUACCUUUUAGAAUCAUUAUCUGUAAACAAUAUCGCAUUAUGAUGUAAAUAGUUUAAAUUCAGUUCAUUUCUUCUUUGUUUGUUUUUAACCUCGACUCAUUAGCUACUUAAUCUAUGAGCCUAAUAAGCUCCAGACCCUCAAGUAUAAAUAAAGUUUUCAGUUUUUCAGUUUCUUAUUGGCUAAGAGCCUAGUUUACAGCUAAUUUUGGAAAUCAGCUCAACCCACAGAUUAGUUAGUUAUCUGUUAGCAGAUGUAGGUUGCGUGCACAAUGCAUGAUUUCCAUGAAUAGCAAUAUCAAUUCAGGUUCCUUGCGAUGGUGAGUUUGUUGAUAUUUUCUUCAAAACAAUGUAUAAUAAAACAAUUAUUAGAUUUGGUCGUGGGUUCAAUUCCCAUCUUGAACUCAGAAUUUUUUUUUUUUUUUUUUUGGGGGGGGGGGCAUCUUCUCUCCACACAUAUUUUAUUUAUUAUGGGGGCGGGUUCUUCUCUCCACACAUAUUCUAUUUAUUAUUAAAACCAAAGUAACAAGAGUAAAACCCCUCAGAGCAGAGGAGACAAGCAGCUACGACUUGGGAACUCAAUUCACAUAGGUUGCCAAGGCCAGGACUUAAACUCAGGCCAUAUUGGUGAUAGGAUGGUGCUCUCGCAAAUGCACCAUUAUAAUACACUAUAUUUGACUUGUGUUAUUGUUUUUCUUUUUUGGUAGGCAAUAAAGAAACGAAUGAAGAUAGAGAUGUCGUUGAUAAUACACAGAGCAACUACCCUUGUCUCCAAAAGGUAAAUAGAGUUUAAUACUUAUAAAUAACUUAGUUUGAUACUAGAAUUAUGUUAAGUUCUCUUUGGAACAGGGAGUUCGAUCUUUAUUGGGCCACAUUAUUACUUAUAAUAAUUAUAAGUAAUAAUGUGGCCCAAUAAAGAAAAUAAGCGUAAUAAUAUUAUUGAUGGACAUUAUCAUGAAGCCCAAGAGAAUUUUCUUACGACAUUGAAAAUUAGUUUCCUAAUUCUUCUCUUUUUCUCAUUUUUUAGGAUUGGGCAGCCUGGAGAAAUCAUUCUUCAGCAGGUAACUGCAAUGGAAAUAGCAAAUUAAUCAAGCAAAGACUUUAUAGGGAUAACUGCAAGUACUGUCAUUCCAGUUGUUUAUGCCCUGUAACAUAGACAGAAACAAACAAUUUAACAAGUAAAAAUUCCAGCUGGCCAGGGGUAAACCAGUUAGCUAUUGAGAAGUGUGGCCAAGGAGUUUAACUCAGGACCUAACUGAGAACAUAUUAUACUGCUGGCAGCUAGUGAGGGUGGGACCUGAACUUUGAGCCUCUUGCACUCUAACCACUCACCCAUGCUUCCCCGAAAAAUAUGCCUAAAAAACAAUUUACGACACAAAGAUUCCUUUAAGCCCCCACCCCCUCCCUCCUACAAAAACAACGUAAGAUAAUUAAUAUUAAAAUAAUGCUCAUCACCCUUCUAGAAAACAUGGUAAAAUUUCUGGAACUGUAUAGCUCUGCCUUUUCUUGUUAUUUGUUAUACAUUUUUAUUCUUUUUUUAGAAUCAGCCUCAUUAUUUGUUUGAGCUGCUAGAAGUGGUGUUUGACUUGUUUAGGGGCGUGGCUCAUGCUCAUGAGACUGUGCUUUCAGCCAUCAACAGAAUCAUUGUAAGUACUUACAGAUGUACAGGGUACUUUACAGAAGGUUCUUCCUUUACUAAUAGUAUGCACGUUUUGACGGAGGAGGUCACCUUUAAUUUAAUUUGAUUUAAUUUAAUUUAGUUCGUUUCCUAUGAUAAAUCAAAAUGGUGGCAGGAGAUGAAACAUGUCGGCAUCCCAUUGGCAUCAACCAUAGUCAAUCCGCACCAAUCCCAGAAAAGCUGAACAUACCACCGGGCCUCCCUACUCUGGUUUGACUUGCGAUGAGGUUUCUUUUACAUUAGAUCGGUAAAGUGCCGUGAGAUGAGGUGUACAAUUUUUCCAUCUUUAUCCUAGAAGACUAGGAAGUCUGACCAUUUUGCAGUGAAUUCUCCUUAGUUAUUUUUGGACCCUUGUUGUUCCCUUGUUGUAAUGUGUGGUUUGUCUGUCUGAAAUUGGGUAUACAUCUGGCCCCGGUUGUUCAAACGUUGGAUAGCGCUAUCCAGUGGAUAGUGCAAUUGGUUUUCCUAAUACUUAUCGGUUGGUUAGUGAUUUAUCCGAUGGAUAGCGCUAUCUAACGUUUGAACAACCGGGGCCAGAACUGUUUGGGUCUGAAAUAGUGGUUGGGCUUGGUUUCAGGAAGCAAGCUGUACACCCCAUCCACAUUUACGUGGAAUACCCCCCCCCCCUCCACCUCUAUGCUCAGUUGGGUUGGUAGCUCAGGGGUACGAGGGCAUAAGCACUAUUUGUCGUAGGUCUGAUUCCCCUUUGAGCACUCAAACGUUCAUGACAUUACAAAUGUAAAACGUUCUCAUUGGAAUGCCUCCUACUCUCUCUUACUCUGGUUUUUCUCUUGAUGUUCCAGAAGGCACCAGGCACUCGGGUGGAUUUAGGGGACACUGACAUUUAUACAAUAGAUGUUGUUUGGUCUGAGAUCCAGUUUGCCGUAAGUUGAAAUCUUAGCAAUCAUAGCUCAAACCAUCACUGAACCUCUCACAGUAAAGGAUUAGAACCAACUUAAUAAGGCCCACAGACGCGACCAAUUUCCAAAUGGUAUGGCGGUUUGUUGCCUGGAAACUUCGCAAGAGUUACGAUAGGCAUAUCUUGGCAAACAAGUGUUAAUGAUAAAUGUGUACAACGUUAAUCACAGCAAGCUGGCAGAUAAGAAUGAUGUACAGUAGAACCCCCGGUAACUCGAACUCUGAAGGCAAAAUAUGAAAAACGGUUCGAGUUAGCGGGGGUUCAAGUUAUCGGGAUUGAUUGAAUAUUGAAUUCACCACUUUAACAACUGAUAAUUACUGAUUAAACAGCACUUCAGUGUGUAUGGCACAGUGUAAAUUUGCUUAUUUCAUCGGAAAUGCAUUUUUAUGAUAAAACGCGAUCUGUUCGUUGUUGUAGGGUUAGUUUUAGUGGUUUUACCGAUUACACAACAAGAAGAGCUAAUGGGAUGGUUCUUAGAGGGCCACAGGUUUAUCAGUUUUUUCAUAACUGUCCCUUGUUUACCCUCUUUAAAUAAAGGCGUUACCUUACCUUACCUUACCUUAAACCACUAGAUUCCUAUUAGCGAGUGUUUACUGUAGUCAAAUCUGUGUUGCACUGUACCUAAUGUUAAGGAUAAUCAGUAUUGCCCCACCAAAACAGCUUGUGUAACAGUAUUACUGUUUAUUACAGAUUCAAGUGUUACUAGGUGACUACCUGGAUGUUCAAAACACUGCAACUCAACAAGGGCCAGUGACGUUUUCUGAGUCCUCAAGGUAACCAGGCCUUUUCUUCAUUGCAUUUCUCUAUUAUUAUAUAUGACAAUGCACAGAAGUUCACAUUUUUGUGAUAAAUCAAAGAACUUUACAGACCCCAAACAUCUGUAGAUCUUGAUUGUCACAGAUAUUAGAAAGAUUUCAAUCUUUCCAACAAACUCCUCACGCUGAAAAGAGAUGUCCAUCCAGUCAUCCCCACUAAUGGAAUAUCCGUUGUUUGCUGGAAAUCUGGCGAUCAAGGAUAUUUAAUCGCUCUUGGCAAUGUUCUUUGUAUUUUUAUCAGCAAGACAUCUUAUAAGUGGAGUAAUAAAUAUUUUUCUUUUUUCGUUGUUGCUGUUUUUGUUUAGCGAUGUGGCAGAAUUCUUUACACUAAGGAGGCGAGGGCUAUUAAAAUCAGAUGAACGGGUAAGAUGCCUGGUUUUCACUUUUUUUAUCAAAAAGGUACUAGAGUUUGAAUAUCUCAGACCUCCGUCUGAUUAUCUCAAGGAUUAAAUCAGCACUUCACAGGUUCAAUUCCUGACCUUAUUUCAAGGCAAUCUGUAAAUGAGUAGUGGCAUUUCAGAUAUCUUAAUAAUAUUAAUGUCCAAGAUUCUUCCAGGUUUUUUCCACUGUUUUUUUUUUGGUGAAUCACCAUAGCCUUGUCGGAAAGUACCUACUGGCUACAUGAAUUUUAUGAUAACUGUCGAACCUAUUACCAUUUGGUUACUAGUCCAUGUGCUCUACCAAUGAGCUAUAGGAGCGUCGUGGAAGCUAAGGCUGGUCAUUAAAUCAAAUUCACGGGACAAACAAUUUGCAAUACUGCUAGUACUGGAAUGUCAAUGGGUGGCAUAUGUACAUUGAUGAUACAGGCGUGAUGGUGGAUUUGUUUGUCCUUGUAACCAGCUUCUAGUGAUUUCUUGCCACCUUUUACUUUUAGACUCCGUUGUAUCGGUUUGAAGGUUCUUCUUCUGCUAUAAGCAUGAACACGUACAUCAGAGAAAGACGGCAGGAAUGCAUGGCUGGAACAGCGGUAUGUGAAAAUCAAGAGUCUCAGCGUGCAAAGAAAGUAGUGUCCGAUAGCCCGGGGCUAGUGGAUUUUGCUAUCAGGCUAGUGAAUUCUGUUUUUAACUUGCCCGACGGGCAGGUGAUAUUUUUUUAGGAAUUCGAAUAACAGAAGAACUGUAAUCAAUCCUGCUCAUCAAAUUUUUUUCGGGCUAGCUGAAAUGACUUUCGGGCUAGUACAUGUUAGCUACAGCUUGUCCGAAUGGCAAGCUGUAAAACUGACUUUCUUUGCACCCUGAGUCUAGUCUGCAUUGUGGCUUAAAUCCAAGGAUAACCUGUCAUAUUUAAUGUUUUAGAAUGAGGACGAUGAUGACACGUAUGGAGAGCCACUACACAACACUAAACCACAGCUAUUGUGUAAACCAAACCCCAGAAAUAUUACAGGUAUAAAGCAUUAAAUUUUGAGUAUCACACUCCUAGGCACCACCGUAUAUUUUUGACCUAGCCCCAGAUGUUUAAAAGGUAAAUAACGCUAUUCAGUGGAUAACGCAAUUUGUUUCCCUUAUUCACUGGAUAGUGAUUUAUCCAGUGCAUAGCUCCACCCAACGUUUGAACUGCUGGGCCCUGUAAGGUGUGGUCCCGUCCCAGAAUACCGUUCCUGCGUUCUCGUUAACAAAGACACCAACUUGAGGCUUGCGGUGACAAAAUGCAAUACCCUAAAAUUUACCUCGUUUCAUUGUGCCUGCUCACCGGGGCGGAAUAGGGAAAGGCUGUUAACCCUUUAAGCCCCAGUAUCCACAUACAAAUUCUCCAAACUGAUCUCCAUACAUUUCCUCACAGAAUCAGUUGAGAAAAUUUAUUCAUAAUUCAAAGCCUUUUCCCUUAGGUGAUCAUUUUAUUUAUUCUCAUAAACUUUCUUUUAAUUAUGUACUGAUGUUGUUAGGAGAAUAUUGAUGUUGGUCACUCUUCGAACUUAAUUCUACAGCCUCGGUUCAGACCAGAAACUUGUUCCAAAACUGACCUGUUGGUUAGUGAACAAGGAGGCACUUUUUAAGAAAAAAUAUGUCAAGACUCCUAUUUCCCAGUGUAAUUCUUUCAUUGGCUUGACAGAAUAAUUUGGUCAAGAAAAGUCCAUGAGUUGAUGCGACCAUAUUUCACUGGCGGGGCUGGCAACAUUUGUAAAUACACGGGCAUUUGACGUGGAAAACAUGCUAGUCGAGGUAUCACUAAUAUGCCUUUAUAUUUAUAUAGUUGUGUUCAUCCCUCUGAUGACCUUUGUUGGUGAAAUUGAAGCAGCCAUUAAAAUGCAAGGAGAGUAAGUGUGUGUUUGUUUUAUUUAUUUGUUUAUUUUUUUUUUAAUACAUCUAAGUGAAAUAUGGCAUUCCUCUUCCCUGUCGAACAUGAUUUAGUCAAUCUUUUUUUUUAACAGCUCGUAAACUUGUAUUUUCCUUUGCAGAAUGAGAUGCACCUUGUAUGGCUUUAUUACCGAUUAUGUGAAAGAUAUUUUUGUGGAAGAAAUCUUGUUUGAUAUUCGAGAAAAACUGAGUGAAGUUACUCAAGGUACAGUGCAAUUUAUAGCUUGUUUUCAAAGACAUGACUUUGUUGCUAUAGUUCCCUUGAUGGAAGGAAUCUUGUUUGGUAUGCGCGAAAAACUGAGGGACGUUACCCAUGGUACUUAGGGGAUAAUUGUCAAAGACAAGAUUUUUUCAAUUUUUUUGGGUCCGGCAGGUUUGGUUUCCCUCGGCAAACUUCAGCCCUUCUUUCAGCCAGGAGGGAAAAAGUUUAGUUUUAAUGGCGCUACUUUUUCUUCACUUUCUUUAGAUCGAGACACGUUUAGAAGAACCACUGAUACCAACAGUCUGAAGGUCCUGGGAGCGAGUAGACCCUUACUGCAGGUAUCCUUCGGGGUGUUUAUCCUUUUGCAGAAGUGAAAAUAAUUAUAUGUUAUUUACGUUUUUGUAACUAUUUUGCGGAACAUUCUGUCGUAGAAAAUGAUAAAUUACUCUACAGUAUUUGGUGAAAAGGCAGAAAUACGUCGUUACAAUAUUAGCUCCAUUUCUACGAGAAAAAACUAAAACGUGACUUACAAAAGAAGUCCAAAAUUAAGGCUAGGUUCAAACUCUACCAGAUAGUUUUUGCGCCGGCACGAAAAUCAUUCAGGAUAGGGCUUCUGGUCACACACAAGAAUGGUUAUGGCGGCGCAAUUUCUAUGACAGAGUGAAGUUACCCCGCGCCGGUCGAGCGUCACAUAUCGAAUAGGUUCUGUGCCACACUUUGGUGUAGAAUUAACAGGUAGUCGGACGGUACCGGAAGUGAAUAGUUAGGAAAGUGGACUGGAAACCACUGAGACGGUAGUAAAUAUUUAGGAUUAGGAGUAAGGACUGGGAUUUAGAGAACCAGACCCUCUCGGCCAACCCCUCCGGCACAAUGUUCGAUGUGUGUAAACGCCUUGUGUCAGUUGUGUGCUGUUGCUGUUCAUAGCAUACCGGAUUGCCUUUCAUGUCGGCACCAAAACCUAUCCGGUAUUGUGUUAACACAGCCUAAGCACGAAUUUCGUUACGUGUUAAAUAAGCGCGAUUUAGCCAAGUCUCAUUCGUAGAAACUUGUACAUUUGGUACAAUUCUUGUCUUGUCUUAAGAUGGGUCUGAUAUUUCGUCGUAUGAGUGGUACUAUUAUUGUUGUCUUCUGUAUUGUUUUUUUUUUAGUCGAGUUUCCUUUUUGUUUCUUCAGAGCACAGCAACAGUGGAACAGUUAAUACAGGAUCUCAGGAAUCUCAUGCACAGUUUACCCAAUUAUGCACCCCAGUUCCUUGAAAUGGUUUGCAAGAUGCUUACUAUCUUCAAAGAGAGUUGUUACGAUGUAUACAAAGGUUAUUGCCACUUACUAUCCCAUAGUUUACUUGUCCAGUGAUGUGACAAGCUACCUCAAUAUCCGUGAAUGUGGUGUAUUUGUCGUUAAAAACAGUAGGCCACUUCCGAGUUCAAAAAACCCUCACUUUCAAAAUGAGGCCAAGUGCACAACCUUGCUUGUGAAAAUGAGUUUUAUUUGCAUUAGAAUGAAAAAUCAUUUCUAUAUGAAAGACUGAGCACUUAACCUCAUACAGAGGGGAACUCGGAAAUGACAUAUUCUCACUAUCAGAUAACUUACCGGCUGAAAGAGCGCCGGACUGCUGACCGGGGGUCGCGGGCUCAAUUCCCGGCCAGACUCACUACCUGCCAGGGUUUCUAAAACACUGUUUAGAUCUUGUGACGUUGAGGUGCUGGUCUUUUUUCAGCCUCAUCCUUUCUUAUCAAUAGGCCAAUUUCACACUGCCCAUAAUACAGCUUAUUUACCCCCAAAAAUUUUUCAUAAGCUGUGUCUUCAGUUUCUCUCGGGAGGUCGACUGUUGUAUCCAGGAGAAAUUAGAAUCAAAGGUUAAGAAAAAUGGCUUUUGAAAAGGGACGUAAUAGAACCUACACUGUUGUUAGGGAAGAGUAAGGGACAUUACCCAGCUGAUGUGGUCUAUCUUGAGAAAUUGAUCGUUCUUGGGGAGGAGGAGAAGGGGACUGUCAGUCUUACUCCCCUUGAUAACUAUCCUCCUCCCCCCCCCCCUUAGUGAAUGCUACUAACUUCCCCUGUAUACUAUUCACUCCCCAUGAGUACUACCCAUUCUCCAUGGAUAUUUCUCAUUCCCCUCCUGGAUACUCUUUACCUCUUCCAAAAUGCUACUUUUUCUUCUCUAAAUGCUAUUUUCGUAUCGGAUGAUGGUUGAUUGCAGCUCUUUUACGGUGCAGUCCUGAGGGCGUGACUCGUGUUUUUAGCGCUAACUGGACAAAAGAUGAGGACAUCAGUCGCUGCUUAAGGUAAGAUAAGUUACUCAGAUCAGACCGGUCAGCCAACCGCAGUAAAAUUUAACAUUACGUAUCAACAGCAAAAUUAUCUUAGAUCAGGGUGUAAAGAAAAUCAUUUUUACAGCUUGUCAUUUGAGCAAGCUGCAGCUAGCAUGUACUAGCCCAAGAUUCAUUUUUAUUAGCCAUAAAAAUGUUUUUGAUGAGCAGGAUUGAUUACAGUUCUUCUGUAAUUUGAAUUCCCUUAAAGUUCACUUGCCCGUCGGGCAAGUAGCCUGCGAGCAAGCUCUCCUGGGGCGCCCAGGGGUACGGGGGUGGGGGAGGGAAGAGGGGAAGGAGACUUGUUUACCCCGCCGCCAGAGCGCCCCGCGAGAGCUUGCUCGUGGGCUAUCGGGCAAGUUAACAACAGGAUCCACUACCCGGAUAGCAAAAUUCACUAGUCCCGGGCUAUCGGACGCGACCAUCUUUGCACGCUGUCUAUUAGACUGCACUGUUCAGUCUUUAAAAAGGAAUUUCGUUCAGGGGUAGUUUAUAAAUUAAUGUUUGUAAUGUCCGUUUAUUUGCAGGUCGUUGCCCAACUGGCCAGGUCUUCAUCACCAUCACACACAUCGGCAAAGAAAAGUAAGAUUUCUUGAAUUUCGCGAUUCUAAUUAACCGGUCUUAGUCAACUAAGGUAGGACAACUUGGGUAAUGCAAAUGAAUUUUAUUCUCGUAGUACUUCAAACAAUUGGUACAUUCUUCAGUUGUGAUCCUUUCCAUCGCUAAAAGUUCUUCUACAGGAGUCUGAACCAAGCCCCUCACAAAAGCCAGGGCUGUUCACCAAGAUUCCAAGUUGCCGGGUAUAUGGAAUUUGGAGGCGGGAAAUUGAACAGCUAAGAAGUUAUUUUGGUUUAAUUUUCCUUUUGUUUCCUAUGAAAAUACCGGGAGACAAGCUUAUAGAAGCUCGUGCCCUUUGUUCCAACCCUGGAAAGGCCAAACAACUAGGUUCAUAUGCAUGUGAAUCUAGUUGUUAGUUUUACUAUUUGAUGUCGCUACACCUUCAAUUAAAUUCUAUUUAUAGCUAAAUGACUACUCCUAAACAAUCUAAGAGGGUUAUGGCUACUAACGAUGCGUCAUUUUUAGGAGGACGAUGAACAGGAUGUUGAAGCAGCUAGAAAACGAAACCAAAAGGUAACGCUGGAGCAAGUUCCUUUUGCUUUUGUUGAUUUUGGAUGAGCUACCAGUCAUUCGAUUAAAAAAUUCAGCAAUUAAUUUAGCAUGUUUGGUCAUGUUUUCGGCUAUAGUUGAGACAGGAAGGAACUACUAUUGUUACUACACUACACGUCUUAUUUUGUUCCGUUUUUAAUACAGGAGACUGAUAUAUUGACGGACAAUCUGGCGAAACACACUCUUAACGAUAGCGAGGUGUUGUUUGAAACACGCGACCUACGAACACUGGCAAAUCUUCAGGAGAGUAUGGUAAGGAGGUGAUAGUAUUAAGAAAGGCCGAGUAUUAGUGUUACUCACCUUGCGUGACACACACUGCCAUCCUGAGGUGACUCAGUCUCUCGCUUCGCCCCAUAUGUUUUUAAGUAACCAGAAAAAUUUAGGAGGCAGCGUGACCGAGUGGUUAGAGUGCCGGACUUGCAUUCGGGAGUCCCCGAGUUCAAGUGCCGCCCUGCUGGCCCGAUUUGUUCUCGGUAGUCCCGAGCUGACAUCCUCGAUCACGCUUGUUGAAUAAAUAGCCAACUGGUUUACCUCCAGUUGAUUUUCGUAGCCCUGUUAUGUUUACUACAAUUGAUUGUUUCAGUUGUUUUCUCGGCCCCACUGGCUUUUGCACUAUAAAUACUACCGAAGGUGAAUAAAGGAAUAACAUGAUUAUGAUGAUGAUAUUGAUGAUUAUGAUAGUGGUUAUGUUUAGGACUGUGAUUAUGAUUAUUAUGAUUUAUAUUAUAUUUUUGAUGUAUGAUUAUUACUUGAUGAUGAUGAUGAUCUGCGUUUUGGGAUACCUGUGUUUUGGGUGAACUGUAAGGUAAACGCAUUUUUCAUCUCGCGUAAAUUGCCAUUCGCACUGUGAGAGACUCACCUCAGGUCAUUAGAUCUCUCACCACGCUAGACUCGCCUUGCAUGAGCAGCCUCGUAUGACAUCCAGGGGAAAAGGCUUUGAUGUAAGUUUCUCACUUCGUUGUUUUGACAGGAAUGGCUGGCAGGUCAUAUUCGAGGUUUUACCACCAGCCUAACAGCACAGUCCACAUCUAUAAGCUUGGUAUCGUCUGAUACCCAAGAAAGAAUCAAAGCGGUGAGCUCUGCAUCUGUGUUCUGGAGACGGUUUUAGGAGAAUGGGGUGAUUCAUAGUUGUAAUAGUCCGCUACACAGCCGUUUUUAGUGUCGUCACGCUUCUCCCUUUGUGGGGAGGAGCGUUGCAUGACGACACUUAAAACGGCUGUGUAGCAGACUGUAGUUGUAAGGGCUUCUACACACUUUACUUCAAGUUCUGCUUUGUGUCUAUGCAUAGUUAAUAGAGUUGAAUUGGUUAUGAAGCUCUUCAGACACCUUUGAUAUAUGUUUUUGUCGACUUGACGGUGCACAACGUUCAAUAGCAUUCCUAUCAUUUUGAUCUUACUGGCCAAUAAAAACGUCUCAAUAAUUUAUUCCCUGUCAAUUUGUGAACAAAAAAGAAGGAUUGUGAACCGUCAGUGAGCUCCUAACGUAAGCUGUCAUGGUGUCAUGGUAGCCACAGGUCAGGAAAUGGUCAGGGAAAAUAAAAUUUCUUCAAGGUCACGGAAAAGUCAGGGAAUUUCACUACGAGUCAGGGAAAAUUUAAGUCUUUGAAAGAAGUCAGGGAAAAGUGAAAUUUUAAAGUCACGUUCAGUUGGUACUUUUUUACGGACAUGAAUCAUGUUUUAUUGAACAACAAGCUGAUGUUAUGUUUUCAAACAAAUCACUCCUGUUUGCACAUUAUAUCCUGGAACUAUCAAUUCAUGUACAUUACAUGUGACUUGCUAAAAGCAUAAUGGGUGGAGAGCAUGGCUGUGAGGGGUGCGUUGAGUCCAUUAGCAGGACCAAAUUUGGAAAUUGUUGAUUCACUUGUCCAGGGAAAUUUUGCGUUUGUCAGGAAAAAGUCAGGGAAUUUCAAAAACCUCUGGCUAUAGCAACCAUGCCAGUGUUAUUUUUAUGUUUGAUGUUUGCCAUGUCUUCUCCAUUGACUAUAGUCUAAAAUAGUGUGUGCUCAAGCAACUAAAAAACAAUAUAUGAGGCUACCGUUGUGGAUGGGACGGAGGGUAUUUUCCCUGUACCUCAGGAAAUCGGAUUUUUCUUCCAAAGAAAACAGCUGAAUAAAGACUCAACCGUUGUUUAAGCUGCAGUAUUUAUUUGAUGAAUUAGUCUGUCUAAACAUGAAUGCGUGUCACAUAGUAUGCAGUCUAUUCACUCUAAGCACCUCAUAUAAAACUGGCACAAUUUUAAACCACCUCACCCAUCUCAAAUAUUAAUGCUAAUAUUGUUAAUACUUUUUUGUUGAAGGAGGAUGUCUAAGCGGUCGUAUCUUAUAACUGAAAACUCAUUUAGCUACAAAUAACUGAAAUUGAUGCUUUUAACAAAUGCAACCUAACUUAUGAAGGUUUCACUCUAUAAUAAUCUAUUAACCUUCGCGCAGAGUGGUUUUCUCCUGUCCGUUGGCACGCCAACAGCAAAACAAUAAUCUUGGCCGGUUUCACUUACCCUAGUCACUCCAGUGAACCAAUCAUAGCUCGAGGAAAGUACAGGGAAACCUUGUGCAAUCGCUUUUCUUUUGGAUCUGAUUGGUGGAAAACGGGGAAGCGAGGUUGCUUAGUCAAUAAAUCAAAAAGCACAGCAGUGCAAAAUUAAACCAGAUACUUUUGAAAAACUUAAGUGAAGACCGUUCUGCGACGUAACUUACCCUCAUGUGUGAAAACGAUAUUAUAAUAAAUGCUUUGAACUAUAUAACGUAUCUCAGCAAAUGGUAAAUCAAUUUAAUAGUAAUGAAUUAAAAUGGUUAAUUUAUGCAUUAAAUGACACGAUAUUAAACUUGAAACAGAGAGAAGUCAAAAGUGGCUUUGGAAUUGCGUACGUUUAUGGUAGAAACUGGGUAAGUUAGUGUUACUAAGCUGUAUAAAAUAAUCAGAAAGUGUAAACUAUUUACUUCCCAUGAAUUAAACGUGUAAUUAAAUUUGCGAUAGCAAAUGGUAUGUUAAACAGGAACUAAGGCGAAUAACUUCUCAUUUGGCUUUGUAUUCCUGGUUUUUCGGGUGCUAAAUUUUAUUUUCUCUAACAAUAACCAACUGCAACUCGGAGAUAUCAGAGCAGAGUUAAAGAAGUCUAAUAAAUUCCUCACCAGCCACCGUAAAGAAACUCGAAUGCUACCGUUUUUAGUGAAAGCCCUUCGCGAUAGCUAAUCUCUCUUACAAAUGAGCAGAAUUUCGGGCUUUCUUAAUGAAAUUGAUUAAGUUAAAGUAAUGAUACGAAGUGAACAAAGGCUUGUUCAGUCUGUUAGCAGACGUAUCUCUUGUAAUACGAAAUGCGUUAAAGUCAAUGCCAUGAUGCCAACACUUAAUGCUCUAAGGCAUUUGUAAAGCUGAAGUAGCCUCUCUGACAUGCUUAUCCUCAUCUUCAUUAAGUCUAUGCGUACCGUAAAAACUUUGAGGAAAAUUUAAGUUUAAGUUUCAGGUAAUUCUCGUACUUUUUGACAAAACUGAGAAAUAGCAAAACACACAAAUCGUAUUAAGCUGUUAUACAUUUUAGUGGAGAGAAGGUGUUGCUAAUUGUUGUAUGGAAGAAGGUUCCCAAACGGAAUAUUACAUACCAUAUACUUGUCUUAAAAUAUAUGACUGUUGGCGGCAAAAUAGGAAACUUAACCUGGAUACUUACUAGUAUUUUAAAGAACGUUUAGAAGCAAUGUUGGGUUUUAGCAGCGCUGCAUUUUCCUUUUACAGCCGAUUUCUGAUAAAGCCUUCAGGAUAUGAAUUUUUAUCCUAAGCCGCCUUUGUGGCAGGCGACGAAAGGGAGAAAGAAUAAGUCAAGUGCGUUUCCUCAUCCGUCUUGCACGCGUUUUAUAUUUGCCUGAAUCUAUGUGCAUCUAUCUAGUCAUAAAUGUCAAGUGUACAUGUUCAUUGUCACUUUUGUGUGUUUUUUGUACGUUUCAGCAAGAGAUUCCGCCAGUCUCUGAAGAAAUCCUAAAGUGAGUAUUUUCAAACGUUUAUAUUAGAGAACUUUUAUUAUCAGACGUCAAAAUAUUUUUGAUGACCGGUUGUCGAUUGGGGACUUUUUUGGUUGUCCAGAAAGUUCGGCUUUUAUAGGUGUAAGCGCGUUUUCCCGCCCUUUGUGCCACUCCCGUGUUUGGCAUGGGCUUAACGUUUUCCCGCGUUUUGUGCCCGACUCUUGCGCUUGGCAUGGGCAACGCAUUUUCUGACCUUUUGUACCUCUAUCGAUUAAUACAACAUACCCCGUCACUUUUCAGUAUUUCCUUAAGCAAAGGUUGCCUUUUAAGUUUGUGUCGAAUUUCGUCUGGUUUUCUUUUACUCAAUCAAUAUUUGUAGUUGCCAUACGUUUUAGCUUAAAACGAUCAUUUAUUUAGAAACAUUUCAGUGCGGAGAAAUUUAUAUCCUCAAAGACCCUGAAGCGACCUGUCAGGACUAAAUAUCCAUUCCCGGGCAAAACUAUUGCAGACAAAGUUGACAAUAUUUCCGCUGGACCUUUUAGGGUGGAAAACUUGCAUUGUGGGUAAUGGGGUAGCCUCUUUCAUACGUCCGUGUAUAAAUUUCUUACUGUUUACAGUGUUUCUACUUGGUUCAAUCCAUCAGAUCUCUGACGACGCUCGCCGAAGACUUUCAGAACAUCUCUGAAUCAUGUUUGCUCGUGCUUCACCUGGAGAUCCGAUGCCACUGUUUUUACUACCUCAUGAAGGCUGUACAGGAAGUAAGCGACUUUCGCUUUACUCAGCAUCAAACAAUCUCAUGAAUAAAGUCUUUUGAACGAUAAAACGAAUCAGUAAUGAUCGCAUUCCACGAUUUAAUCCACUGAUUCAAAAGCAAGAAGAACCCUAAUUAAGCAUAACAAGUAACACCAUAGCACCAUAGGAAAGUACUGCUCAGAAGCUUUCAUUUGAAUGGCCUUGCCUCAGGAUUUUAUAUGCAGACUUAGAAUUUAGCGCCACCUUAAAUCAAUGUAACGGUGUAGAUAAGCACCACAAAGUAGGUUUUCGUCUCUCGUCGAUCUUAUUAACUGGUAAAAUUCAGUUUAUUUUGAAGUCUUUUGUGUUUUCUGAUUAGUUUAUGGUUUUCCUGUCAUUGUUUUAACUCACUCUUUGUAUGCUUCAGUCUUCCUACAUGUGCAGCUCUAAUGCUAUGGACCCAGAUUCCAACGUCAACAAUCUGAACAAAAGUUUGUCGGCCUUUGAGGAGAUAGCGACGGCUUGUAUGGGGCAUUACAAGUUCAGGUAAAUUGACAAACAAAGCCAGCGGUUGUGUUGAGUGUGAAAACACCCCAGGGAGUCCACCCCAAGGGGGUACCUUUUUUAGGCUUCAGGUAUAUCAAAGGGUAGUGACUUCACUAGAUGAAGUACAAGAAAGGGUACGGAAAUCUGUCAUUGGGUUUUGUGAGAGGACCUAAAAUGGCUGACAGGUGCAUUUUAUGGCUGUGAAAAAGACAAGAAAACUUCCUGGUUCAGUGUGAUUAUAUUUAUUUUUAAAAGACGGUGAAUUUACAGUAGUUAAAAGGGAUGCAGUGCUCUCAACCAGUGUGUGAAAGAGGCACCAUUUUUGUCAAAAACGAUAUAAAAAGAGUUGGAUAAGGUGUUGGACUACGGGGCGGAGCCUUCCUGUACAAAAUUUGGUUGAGUACCCCCCACCUGGGGAAAACACUGAACACUGUCUCUUGCAACUUGUCUCGCAAUCAGUUUUGUUUUCCUUUAUGAUGUUUGAAAAAGUGGCCCAUGGUAUAACAUACUGAGAAGUAGAACUUGGCUGUACAUUACGCAGCGAUACACCUAACGCUGCAGCGAGGAUUUCAAGAACCACGGAGUGUAACGCUCUUCCUGUAAUUUGUGUAGCAACAAAAAUUCGAGAUAAGUUGCCUGAAACAUGGCCUAUUGCGGUUUUGCUGAGAUGGGAGCUAACGAUCCUAAUGCCAGCUUAUGCAGAAUAUCCCAUGAUGUAAGACAGCCUAAUCUUACCUCAUCAACUCAUUACAUAGAAAGCCCAGCUGAGGGUCGGCUGGCCAACACGCGAGCAACAUUUUCUGUAUUUAGUUCACCGGAGGAUAUAACUGUUGUAUUUUUUUUGUUUUCAGAUAUUUGUUUGAAGGAGUUGGUUUCCUUGUUUCGUCGAUUCUGGUUUCAAAUAUUUCGGAGAUCAAAAGGAUCAAUCAAAAUGGCAUUAAGAAAAUGUAAGGAGAGAAAUCCUUUCCCCCCUUUUUAAUAAUGGUCGCUCUUUUUCUUUUCCGUAAGUUAUGUUUAAAGUCUAGCCAUGAGGGCGCAGCGGCCAAGCAAUGGAUGGAUGGACUUGAGUGCCUGUUGGUCUUGUCAUUAUAUCUAUUAGUUUUAUCGACAAGAAACCUUGCUUCGCAUUCUCUCUCUCGACCCAAUUUACACUUAUCAUUUAUUUUUCUCAUUUUACAGUUGUGGGCUUAGUAUCCUAGCCUUUGAAUGAACUUGAAGCUGAGGUUGACCUUGUUUUGAUACACAUCUCGUUCCUUUUUUUAAUGGAAAUUAUGCUUAAAAAAUACUAGUUAUCAUAAGAACGACAUGAUUGACAUAAUAAAGCAGGGUUGGAAGGAAGGGUUGUAUCAAAACAAGGUCAACUCCAGCCUCGUUUUCACCUGUAACCAUAAAAUGGGCAAUUGCUUAAAUGGUUAACAGCGACAUACUGUCAGGGGUAACAAAGCGAUGAACUGUCUUCUCAUUUGCACUGAAAUACAGCAUUAUUCUGUUGCACAGAGCUCUUGUGACAGUGGUUUAUCAUCUCUAAUAGGCGUUUGCACUGAAGAGGUGAUACCCCCUAACCUCCCGCCCCGUCUUGUUCAGAUAGUUUGAGUACUCUUUGGACAAAGAAUCCAACCAAAGUGUAGGGGGUUUUAUUCGUGCUAAAGCAAAUAAUUUUAAAUGACGCAGCAAAUGACACAUAAUUCCUUUUUUCCGGGUAUUUUACAGGUGCCGAAAUAUCUUUGCUAUCCAACAAAACCUGACAAACAUCACCAUGUCGAGAGAGGCGGAUCUUGACCGAGCGCGCCAGUACUACGAGUUGCUUUACUCAAAUCCUGAUGUAAGUACCAAAUCUCCCUCAGUUUCUGCUAGUUCAAUCAGCCAAUCACACAUAAACCUAAAAGGACUCGCAAAUUUAUCUUUGGUAAACAGUCGGGAGGACCGAGAGAGCGGUGGAAAGUCGAGUCUUUGAAAGAUGACAUUUAGAUUAUUUUUGAACUUUUAACGAGAAGAAAGAGUUUCGUGACCAGGAAUCGAGCCAGGUUCUUCCUCCUUUUGUUUAAAUGUCAUUCAUAACUGAUAGGCCCUGGUCCUUUCUCAAACUUUUAAAGUGAAUUCAACUUGAGCCGUAAGUUUGUUCUUUCCAACUUAAUUGCUAAUUAAAAUUUUAGUCUUUGCCUUAUGGGGACACAACCCAGGGCAUAUAUUAUAUCCACCACGACUUCAGGCUCGCUUUCCGGUUUGAAAUUUGGGAAAAUUCAGUGUGCCCAAUGGAACGGUACAUUCCGGUUGCACAGACCCGACCCGGGCCACCGCGCGUUUAGUUAUUGUUAUUGUAAGCUGGAUGCAAAAGAAGGGUACCGGCGACAACAAUUUUGUCAAAUGAAAAGGGACAUUUCGGUCCGACCGACCGAAAUGAGUGGACGGGUCAAAGUGGACCACCUUGAUUUCUAACCGAAAUUUCCGGAAUUUUGGGCGGAAUCGAAAGCGCCCCUAGUUUAUCAUCUUUCCCGAUCUAUGGAGCCAUCUUGCAUCCCCUUCACUGAAAUGAGGGUGCCUUUAAGGUCACGGCUUGACGUAUACGAGAUUUUUUGUCUCCGUUUUCAAAAAAGUGCGCAUCCACACGUAAUUACUUUCGCAAACCUUCGUGUUCGAAGACGGCAAUCCGGCGUUUUCAUAAAAGUCUCCACCCAAGGGAUCGUUUAAAAACACCUGUGUUUAUUGUGUCUAAAGACAUCGUUUACGUCAACCUCGUUUCCAGGUUUAACCCUGGGAACCAGGUUGCGUUUACAUGUGCACGGAAGGCUUAAACGGAGAAAAAAAUAUCCGUUUUCAAAAAUAUCCGGAUACUUGUGGAAGGGGCCUCGGUGACUCCGCGUUUGAAAUAGGACUUGGUAUGGAGUACUAAAGGUCUGAUGAAAUGUUUUGUUACUAUUAUUGAUUGUAGAAGAAAUAGUUCCUCUCAAGCAAAUGUUGUGUUAUAUUUCCCCAACAGGAAACACUGACGUCUAUUGAUGAGCAAGGUGCUAAGUUUACCCAGAAAGAGUAUGCUGACCUUCUGUCAUUGCAGGCACGCAGCCAGACCAUUAGAGAUCACAGUGCUCAUGAGCACCGUCUUAAAAGGCUUGAUGAGAUAUUUAAAAAAUAGUAACUUGGGUUGGUUAUAAACUCUGCUAUCAAGAGUCACUCAAUGAACGCAAUCCUUAAAAUGCGUGGCUGCUUUUCGU